AAUCAAGCUAAGGAUGCUGCGGUAGGAGGUGAUAACAAAGUCGGAGGAAAUACUGAAACAUCUGAAUCUUCUCAGGGAGUAGAUGCUGAAGCAGCAGAAGGAGGAGAUUCAAAACAGAAAGGAAAGGAGCAGAAGGGAGCUGCAAAAUCAACUCAGGGUCAAGCUCAGUCUCAAGCCGGAUCUAAUGCAUCAUCAGUUGGACAGACUCAAGCUAAGGAUGCUGCAGCAGGAGGUGAUAAAAAAAAUGGAGGUUAUGCUCAAACAUCUGAAUCUGCAUCUUCCCAGGGAGUUGAUGCCGACGGAGCAGAAGACGGAGAUUCUAAACAGAAAGGAAAGAAGCAGAAAAGAGCUUCAAAAUCAAAUCAGGGUCAAGAUCAAUCGCAAGACGGAGACAAUGCAUCACCAGUUGGACAGACUCAAGCUAAGGAUGUUGCAGCAGAAGCUGAUAAAAGAGUGGCAGGAACGUGAUAAAAAAGUCGAGCAGGCUAAACAAAAGAAAGUUGAAAAAGCGGAAAAGAAAGCCAAGCAUGACAAAAAAAAAGAAGAGGAAAAGGAGAAGAAAAAAUCCGAGCAUGAUCAGAAAAAGAAAGCCGAACAAGAGAAAAAAAGAAAAUUUCUUGUAUACUUCAAGAAAAUGAAGUUCGUCUUUGCUGCUCUGCUUUUUAUAUCUGCAGUUUUCUUAGGUUCAACCUUACCGGUUCCCAGUGCUACACCUGCUGUAGAUGUAAAGACACCUCCAAAUGUUGCUCCUCCAGUAGAUGGACAAGCAUCACCAACUGAAGAGCUGAAAUCAGAUUCUAGUUCUUCAACUAAACCUUCAGGCGGAGCUGAUGCUUCUCCAUCUGAACAGUCUAAGUCAGGUUCCAGCCCCGCAGUUCAACCUCAAUACGGAAUUCCAACCGAACAACCUAAAGCAUCAGAAAAAUCUGAAGAACCUGAAAAACCUAAAGACUCCGAAAAGUCGGUUUCUAUUCCUCAAGUUAAGCCGCCAGCCGGAGCUAAUUCAUCACCGGCUGAACAGCCCAAUCCAGAUUCCAGUCCAAUUAAAACUCCAGGCGGAGCUGAUGCGCCACCAGCUGAACAAUCUAAGCCAGUUUCCAGUCGUACAGUUCAAACUCCAGGCAAAGCUGAUGCUUCAUCAGCUGAACAGUCUAAACCAGUUUCUAGUCCCACAGUUCAACCUCAAUACGGAGUGCCAACCGAACAACCUAAGCCAUCCGAUAAAUCUCAAGAACCUGAAAACCUCGAAAAGUCUAAAAAACCGGAUUCCAGUCCUCAAGUUCAACCACCAGCGGAAACUAAUACACCAGCAACUAGACAGUCUAAAGCAGUUACCAAUCCUUCAAUUCAACCGUCAGGCGGAGCUGAUGCGCCACCAGCUGAACAGUCUAAACCAGUUCCUAGUCCUGAAGUUCAAACUCCAGGCGGAGCUGAUUCACCACCAACUGAACAGUCUAAACCAGUUUCCAGUCCCAUAGUUCAACCUCAGGACCGUGUGCCAACCAUACAACCUAAACCAUCAGAAGAAUCUGAAGAUCCUGAAAAACCUAAAGUGCCUAAAGAACCGGUUUCCAGUCCUCAAUCUCAACCACAAAAUGGGUCGAAUACAAAAUCAACUGAAGAGCCUAAACCAUCAGGAUUGUCUGAAGAACCUGAAAACCCUAAAGUGCCAGUCUCCAGUCCUCAAUCUCAACCUCAAGCUGGAGUUAAUACACCAGCAACUGGACAGGAAAUAAAAGAGAAAUCUGAACAAGUGAAAAAACAAAAAGCAGAACAGGAGAAAAAGGAACAAGCCGAGCAGGAGAAAAAACAGAAAGCUGAACAAGUGAAGAAACAAAAUGCCGAACAAGAGAGAAAACAAAAAGCCGAACAGGAGAAAAUAAAGCAAGCCGAACAGCAGAAAGAACAAAAACUCGAACAGGAGAAAAAACAAAAGGCUGAACAAGUGAAGAAACAAAAAGCCGAACAAGAGAGAAAACGAAAAGCCGAACAGGAGAAAAAACAAAAACUCGAACAGGAGAGAAAACAAAAAGCUGAACAGGUGAAGAAACAAAAAGCCGAACAAGAGAGAAAACGAAAAGCCGAACAGGAGAAGGAAAAGCAAGCCGGACAACAGAAAAGACAAAAACUCGAACAGGAGAAAAAACAAAACGCUGAACAGGCGAAGAAGCAACAAGCUGAACAAGAGAGAAAACAAAAGGCCGAACAGGAGAAGAAAAAGCAAGCCGAACAGCAGAAAAAACAAAAACUCGAACAGGAGAAAAAACAAAAAGCUGAACAGGCGAAGAAACAAAAAACUGAACAAGAGAGAAAACAAAAAGCCGAACAGGAGAAGAAAAAGCAAGCCGAACAGCAGAAAAAACAAAAACUCGAACAGGAGAAAAAACUAAAAGCUGAACAGGAAAGAAAACAAAAAGUUGAGCAGGAGAAAAAAUCUAAAAAAUUAUGUUUAGCCUUUCCGGAUUCUAUUUCAAACCUAGAUGGUCCUCCUCCAGAUGAUGGAUCAGCCACCGAUCCAGCUCAAGUCGGAGCUGGUAAACCACCAUCUAAAAGUACUAAACCAGGUUCCAGUACAGAUCCAGAUGCUGUUCCUUCAGAUGACGGAUCGACCACAGAUCCAUCUCAAACCGGAGCUAAGAAAACAUCAGCUAAAAACAGUAAAUCAGGAUUCAGUUCAGAUCCAGAUGCUGAUCCUCCAGACGAUUUAUCGGCCACAGAUCCAUCUCAAGUCGGAGCUAGUAAAACACCAGCUAAAAAAGGCAAACCAGGUUCCAGUUCAGAUCCAGAUGCUAUUCCUUCAGAUGACGGAUCGACCAUAGAUCCAUCUCAAACUGGAGCUAAGAAAACAUCAGCAAAAAAGAGUAAAUCAGGUUCCAGUUCAGAUCCAGAUGCUGAUCCUCCAGAUGAUUUAUCGGCCACAGAUCCAUCUCAAGUCGGAGCUAGUAAAAUACCAGCUAAAAAGGAUAAACCAGGUUCCAGCUCAGAUCCAGAUGCUGCUCCUCCAGAUGCCUUAUCGGCCACAGAUCCAUCUCAAACUGGAGCUAAGAAAACAUCAGCAAAAAAGAGUAAAUCAGGUUCCAGUUCAGAUCCAGAUGUUGAUCCUCCAGAUGAUUUGUCGGCCACAGAUCCAUCUCAAGUCGGAGCUAAUAAGACACCAGCUAAAAAGAGUAAAUCAGUUUCCAGUUCAGAUCCAGAUGCUGCUCCUCCAGAAGACUUAUCGGCCGCAGAUCCAUCUCAAUUCGGAGCUAGUAAAAUAUCAGUGAAAAAGAGUAAAUCAGGUUCCAGUUCAAUUCCAGGUGCUGCUCCUGCAGAUGAUUUAUCGGCUACAGAUCUAUCUCAAGCCAAGCCUGUUAGUUUAACAAAUAAAGAAAAUACAUUAGAUACUGGCUUAGGUGCAGAUACUAGUACUUCAGAUAGUUUAGGGGCACAAAAAAAUGCUAUCGGAGGUAAAUCAAGUCUUAAAGGAAAAGCAGCUAAGAAAUCUGGUAAAGGUAAAAAGUCUCAUAAGCAUAAAAAAUCCAAAAAAGGUAAAAAAGGAAAACAUGGUAAGAACAAAAAGAAAUCUGGAAGAAAUAAAAACAAGGAAGCCGCACGAAAGAAAAAAAAGCAGGCUGAACAUAAGAAAAGGAAAGCUCAGCACGAGAAAAGGAAAGCUCAACACGAGAAAAGAAGGAAAGCCCGACUAGCGAAAAAAAAGAAAGCGGAAGAGAAGAAAAAAAAAAAAGUGAUGUUUAGAAUAAGUCAUACAAGUAUUCAGACGUUGGGACUCCGAGUAAGAAGUCUGGCGUUCAAUCCCUUAGCCGGUACCUCUGGAAAUUUAUGCUAUCUACUUUUACUAGGUUCUAGUGGUCAAAGUCCCACUUUAGGUUAUAAGUCCCAACGUCUUGCCGUAGAGUCUGUAACUCAGUCAGUGGAUGGUGGGGUUAAAACCCAGGCUUUGCCUAGCAUGUGA